AUGAAUUUUGUUCGACAAUCACGUGCAUUUACUAGACUAUAUUUGACUGUUAGUAACAGACAAUUUCAUGGUUCUCGAAGUGUAAAAAAUGUAUCACCCACUAUUGAAAGUACGCCUAUGCGUAUAUUAUUACUUGGAAGCCCUGGAGCAGGAAAGGGAACUCAAUCUUCACGUAUACAAAAAAACUUUAACAUUGCUACAAUAUCAAGUGGUGAUCUUCUUAGAAAAAAUAUGGCAAAUGGAACUAAAAUCGGUAAAAUUGCGGCCAAGGAAAGUGAACGAGGAGAUUUUGUUCCGGAUGAUAUUAUGAUUGAACUUAUAACAAAUGAACUUCGAUUUAUAAAUCGAAAGAAUUGGCUAUUAGAUGGAUUUCCACGAACCAUUAAUCAAGCCGAAGCGUUGGAUGAAACUUUAACAUCAAGAUGUCAACCCAUAAAUUUAGUAAUUAAUUUAGAUGUACCAGAAGAUGUAAUAUUGCAAAGAAUUAUGGAUCGAUGGGUUCACGUCCCUUCGGGACGUGUUUAUAAUUUAAAUUAUAAUCCUCCGGAAUCAUUUGGUCUUGAUGAUAUUACUGGUGAAAAAUUAUCAAGAAGAGCUGAUGAUAAUCCUGAAACCUUCAAAGUUCGCCUUCAGAAGCAUCAUAAGUUAACGAAACCAUUGUUGGAAUAUUAUUCAAAACGUAAUCUGUUAUUCACUUUUAAAGAAAGCACAAGUGAUGAAAUUUAUCCUCAAAUUGAAAAAGAACUUUUAAAAAGAUUUGGUCGUGAACAUUUUAAGGGUGAAGAUUCUUCUCGAUUGACUAAUAAUAAUGAAACAAAUAUUUCCAUUAAUAAUUUACGAUGA